UUAGUCUGCCUCUUCAUCUUCUAUCGUAUGGGUUGUGAGGUGGAAUACCAACCUCAUCAAUCCUGGUGUCAGGGUUACUGUUGAGCCGCCAAUGGACCCUGACAUGAUUCAUGUAACGACUACGUACAUACAUAAGUAAUCAGUAAGUAGUAACCACGACUUAACGUGCCUUCCAAGGCACGGAUCGUCUUACUUUCGGACAAUCAGGUGAUAAAUCUGUAAUUUCCUAACCAAACUAGGGAUCACAAAGUGAAUUUUGUGAUAUGUCCCCGCCGGGAUUCGAACCCAGGUCCUUCGGAUCGUGAGCCCAACGCUCAACCACUGGAUCACGGAGGCCGUAAUAAUUAAUUAGUGGUUGAGAGGAAUCAUGUAAAAGAACGCGCUAACAAAUUAUAAAAAUCUAAUACAAAGAUAAAAUGACGUGGCUUCUAUUGGUAUUUUUGGUUUGCACAACUACAAUCAGUGGAGGUGAAGGAGAUUGUUCUUUAUACAAUGCGAACAUAGAGAAGUGCCAAGCUGGAGUCAUAUGCAGAAAUAGCACUUCAGAUUUGGUAACAACCAUUACUAAUUGGGGAUGUGGAAGAACUGAGCAGUAUAAUUGUGAAAAUCACUUUGAUUAUGAUUACCAGAGGUAUGAAACAAUAUGCCAAACAAGAUUUGUUUAUGAUUUUAAACUAAUUUUAAACAUACACGCUAUUAAUUUAGAUACAGUUCCUUGGACUAAAAGUGAGAAAAGCAUUGAAACUCAUAUAAUAGAACUUGUUAUAACAAACAAUGUUAUUUCGAAUAUUCCACGAAGAGUAUACAUUUUUAGCAACGUAAAUAAGAUUACAAUGAUUUCCAACAUCAUCGAAAGUGUUCAAUUUAACGAUUUUCUUGAAUUAGCUCACUUAACAAACAUAACCCUUCCACACAAUUCUAUUAAAGUUUUAGAAAGUAAAGAAAUAACGACAAAGUCAAAUUCUGUUAAUUAUAUAGACUUAAGCUACAAUCUCAUAGAAUCUAUUCCAAACAACUACUUUAAAUAUUACUCGCAACUUAAAAGUCUGAAUUUGGCUAACAAUUUGAUAAAAAACUUCCAAAUACUCACAUUUGAAGGAAUUUCACAGCUGGAGGUUUUAACUCUCUCAAAUAAUCACAUAUUGGAAAUAGGUCAAACUUUAGUACGAUUUGUAAAAUUAAAAGAGCUUUUACUAGAUCAUAACAACCUCACAUCGAUAGAAGAAAACAAUUUCAGUACAAUGGAAAUGUUGGAAAAGUUAGAUUUGGAUUCAAACCAGUUGAACAACAUUAACAAGGAAUCAUUUAAAAAUCUUGUAAGUCUUGAAUCUUUAUCUUUGAACUUAAACCUGUUGUCUGAUAUGAGCAUAAAUUUACAGAACACUGCACUAAAAAAUCUAGAUAUUUCCAAUAACAGAAUCGAGCAUAUUGCCUCAAAAGUGUUUAAAGGGAAAAAUAUUACACAAUUUGUUAUGAAUAAUAAUAACCUGAUUGGUGUGAUGGAAAGGAAUACUUUUGAUGGAAUCUAUACAGAUGUGUUGGAUUUAAGUGGUUAUAAAAUAAUUUCCUUAGAUCCAGAGGCUUUCACUGGAUUACAUGUUCGAGUUCUAAACUUGAGCUCAAAUGCUAUAAACACUAUAUCAAGUACAUCAUUUAAAUCUGUGAUAUUUCUGCAUGAAUUGGAUUUGUCUAACAACUGUUUGAGCUCCAUUGAUUUCGACACAUCCGAUUUAAACGAGUUGAUACUAUUGAAUCUCCGAAACAAUAGCAUUGAGCAUAUUGCAAGAAUUAUGUUCAAAGAUUUAAUAUCUCUAAAAAAACUGGAUCUGUCGUUAAAUAAAAUUGUAACAAUAAAAUAUCAAGUUUUCUUGAGUUUACAAAAACUUGAAUUUCUAUACAUAAGUAACAAUAAUAUUUCUAAUACCUUAAAAUCUCAUAUUUUUCAAGGUCUAUCGAAUAUCAAAGAAAUGCAUAUAGAUAAUUUGCAAAUCGCAUCAAUAGAAAAUGAAACAUUUUCUGGUUUAAAUGCUCUGAAAACGUUGAAUGUAUCAAACAACGAAAUUGAUAAUUUAAAUUACGAAGUCUUUAAAAAUACCGGUUCUAUAGAAGUGCUAGAUUUAUCUCAUAAUUUACUUCAACAGUUUUUGAUAAACACUUCUAAUAUUAUUUCGAUACAGGUGUUACAUUUAGAUAAUAAUAAGAUUUUUAAUAUUACAAAUGAAACGUUUUUUGGGCUGAUCAAUUUACACACAUUGUAUUUGAAUAAUAACAAUAUUAUGAAACUAAACGCUGAAUCAUUAGUAUUUUUAAAUAAUUUGAAUGUGUUAGAUCUUUCCUAUAACAAGGCCAUGGAGCUAGGCGAUGAUUUUCAUAAUUUAAUGUCAUUGACGAAAUUAUCACUUACAAACGUUGAAACACAAAUUUCUUUUGAACAUAUUGUUACAUCAUUAAUAGAAACUUUAGACUUGUCAUCAAGCGGUAUUGUUAGUAUUAACUCAAUACAUGUAUAUAAAAAUAAAAAUGUGCAAUCCUUAACAUUGAAAGCAAACAAAAUAAUGAGCAUAGACAAGUUUUCUUUUAAAAGUAUGCCAUGCCUUACUUACCUCGAUUUGAGUUUCAAUUUGAUUUCUUUUAUACAACCUGGCACUUUUCUGAACACAAACCACAUAAAAUACUUAAAUAUGCAUGAUAACAGGUUACGCUCAUUACAAUUUGGAGUUUUAGAUGGAUUAAAUGAAUUGGAUAGGCUUAAUUUGUCAAGUAAUCUCCUUGUUACAUUUGAAAAGAAUAUAUUACAUAAUACUCCAGCAGUUACAUUAUUAUCUCUUGAUGAAAAUGAUAUAGAAGUGUUUAAGUUUGAAGAUUUUAUAGGAACAAGUCUAAAGACAAUUAGUUUAGGGAACAAUCCUAUUUCUUGUAAUGCAUUUGUGAAUUUGAAACAAAUUAAACUCACUUUCGUAGUUACAGCAGAAAAUAUUGACUACCACAAUGAAAAUGUUGAUGGGGUUAAAUGUAAAUCAUCUCGUGCUAGCACAAAUUUUACAUUUCCUGUUAAUAACGUCACUGACGUGAAUUCAACUGUCGCUCUUUUUGCGUUUUCACAUGCUCUAGAAAAUUUUAGAUCUUCGCUUACAGAAGUUGUAAAAAAUUUCAGUUUAUCGAUGGAUAAAAUAAAUAAUAAUAACUUAGCAUCAACUUUGCAACAAAAAACAGAAAGUAAUACAAUGACUAAUAUUUUGGAACAAAUGUAUGCCAUGAAUAAUAAUUAUAAUAAGACGCAAACUGCAUUGUAUAAGUAUUUGAAUGAACUGUCUGUAACAAAUAAUCACACUAUGUUCAUUGAGGAAUAUUUGAAAAAAAUAACAGGAUCUGAAAAUGAACACAUUAUCUUAAGGGACGGGAACAUGAAUGACAAAAAUGUGCUGGAUGAUAAUUUGCAAGAAAAAAUAAGAAUGCUGAAUUACGAAAAAGAGAAAAUGAUUAAUGAAAUGAAAACAAUAUUCCAAAAUUUUAAAAACUCAUCCAAUACUAGAAAGGACGCUUUGAUAAAUGAUACAAAUGACUCUAGUGGUAUAAAACCUUUAAUAUAUUUCAUAGCAGUAUGUCUGUGUGCAAUGCUCGUUAUGUCUGGCCUCUUCUUUUACUCAAGUUAUAAGAAAUCCAGAAGUAAUUUUGAAAAGCAUUGCAGUAGCGCACAGCCAAUAGUAAAUGGCAUAGAAUUAUAUGAACAAUAGCGUUUAAGAUCAUAGAAUUAUAUGAACAAUAGCGUUUAAGAUUUAAUUAUGACCAAAAUCUGACUGACAGCGAACUUUAUAAUUAUUGUUAUAAUUAGUUACCUACGUAUUAGGUACCUGCUAAAUAGAUUUGAUAUGAUUCAUUCUGUUAAAAUAAAUAAUCUUUUUUAAAUUGUAAAUGUAUAAAACACUUUUCAUAUUAUCUAAGCAUUAUGUGUUUGUUUUUAAUCAUGUUUAAUACUGUACAAUUGUGACUUAUUUGUUAUUUAUUAAGAACAUUAAAAAAGUGUUUUACAAA